AUGUUGUACCCCCGCACUGUUGUUGGCACACUGGACUUCGUGAACGUGGUCAGCCUUCCUGCAGGAGUCACCGAGGUGCCAUCAAAUGUGGCCACUGUGUCUUCCCAGACAGCUUCACCCAGUGUGCAGCAACAGGUGGACGAUGUGGAUGUGUCGCCAUUGUCGGUUGGUGAACAGGGUCAGGUGAGGUCACUACUUGGACAUUACGCUUCAGUUUUCUCCACCAGUGACACCGAUCUGGGUUGUACUAACCUCAUCUCCCACGACAUUCCUUUGAUUGAUGAUACUCCAGUGGCGCAGCGUUAUAGGCGCAUUCCACCCUCAGAGUAUGAGGUGGUGAAGGAACACAUCAAUCAACUGCUCUCAUCUCAAGUAAUUCGGGAGAGUAGCAGCCCCUACGCGUCCCCGAUUGUGUUGUGGGAUCGCCUGCUUGAGAGGGAUGAUGUCCUGUACCGAAAAGUGUUCCGACCUGAUGGUGCUGAAGCCAUGUACCAGCUGUUGUUACCCAAUGUACUGAGAGACGAGGUCCUGACCCAAGUGCACCAAGAGCAUGGUCACCAGGGGGUGGAGCGAACACUGGCGCUUCUCCGGUCUCGAUGCUACUGGCCUGCUAUGUCCUCCGAUGUAGCCCGUUGGUGUCAGCAAUGUGAGAGGUGUCAAGUGGCCAAGGAUGUUCACCCAAGGGUGCACGGAGUCAUGGGACAUCUCUUGGCUUCCCGCCCCAACGAAAUCCUUGCCAUCGACUACACUACACUAGAGCCGGCCCAGAAUGGUCUAGAGAGCGUUUUGGUCCUUACUGAUGUUUUUAGUAAGUACACCAUGGCUAUCCCUACUCGGGACCAGCGCGCAACCACUGUAGCAAGGGUUUUGGUGUCAGAGUGGUUUUAUAAGUUUGGUGUCCCCGCUCGUUUGCAUUCUGACCAGGGCCGUAACUUCGAAAGCUCGCUCAUUCAACAAUUGUGUAACUUGUAUGGUAUCGUAAAAUCACGUACUACCCCGUACCACCCCGAAGGAAAUGGUCAAUGCGAGCGGUUUAACCGGACACUCCACAACCUGCUGCGUACUCUGCCAGUGUCUCGUAAAAGGGAUUGGCAUACGUGUCUUCCUCACGUCCUUUAUUGUUACAACACGACUCCCCACCAAUCAACGGGAGAAUCUCCCUUUGCCUUGAUGUUCGGGCAGGAACCAAGGCUACCACUCGAUUUCUUGUUGGGUAGGGUCGAGAGCCCGGUCGGGGGGUCCAUCCAUGAGUGGGUGCAAGAGCAUCAAGCCCGCUUGGAGGUGGCCUUUGAAGGCGCAAGGGAGCGCUUGAAACAUGCUGCCGCUCGGCGAAGGCGAGUCCAUGAUCAGCAUGUAAUAGAUUUGCCUUUGCAGGAAGGGCAGUUGGUGUACUUGCGCGACUUCAGGGCCAGGGGGCCCCAGAAGACCCGAGAUCGGUGGAGCUCGAUGAAGUAUCGAGUGUUGAGGAUGCCUAGAGAGGGUGGCUCAGUGUAUACUAUUGCGCCAGUAGACGAUGAGACAAAGGGCAGACAGGUCCACCGCACUAUGCUGAAGGCGGUCGUAGGGGUGGACUCACCUCGUCCUGCCUCUUCCCACAACUCGUCACCCAGGGACGAACCAUCUCCAGAAGAGGAGCCUCCAUUUGAGUAUGAUUUGUUAGUCCUUGACCAACGACCUAUUGUGGCAAAUUCUGCCAUACCAUCCGCCGGACCAAUUAUGUCCCAAGGGCCUUCAUCAAUUCCCAACCCGGGGGCAUCCUCAUGUUCUCCUUUGGUCACUUGCCCUGAUUCCAGCAACAUGGGUCCACGCCGGACCCCACGUCAAACGGCUGGUCAGCACCCGAAUGUGCAUCGUCUUCCGCGGCCUGCUGGAGAGGCGCAAGUGGCCAACCCUUCUGCUUCUGUGUCCAACUCAGUGUCUGCCUUGUUUAGACCCUGGAGUUAGCUUGUUGUGUUGAUCGUCGGGACGACGAUCCAAGAAGGUGGGGUAGAAUGUAGCAGGAUAGAGGUGCUAUCCAUGUUAGUCACGGUUAAGUACCACUAGUGGCCGUCAUGAUGUGGGCGGUAUAAAAGCAGCCAUCCUCCACCUGCCUCUUUCUUUUUGCGCUCCUGUCACUUGCGCGUCACUUCCGGGCCAAAAGGUAGUCUGGUCCGAUAGGGCGACUAUUUGUUGCUGCUUCAGGGUUUUCGUGCGAGCUAUGGUGUAAGUUCUUGUAAGCAAGUUAUUUUAAGUAUUCUUUCGUGGCAAUGUAGUUGAUGCUGUCUGAUGGCUAACGCUAGUGUGUUCUCAGGUAAACGCUGAUGACGGCCGGAGUCCUCUCUCACUCCCUCCUCCUGUGUGAACGCGAGUGUGUGUG